GGGGGGCAAACAACUCGUCUCCAUGGCAACAAGUCCUGCCUCCACUCCGCAGCGGGCUGUGAGAGGGAAGGCAGGAGGGCUUUUUUUGUCGGUUUUGGUUGGAAAGACUUGAAUCGGAGUUUAUUGAGAGGGGCAGGUAUCCGGCAAAAACCAGCCAAAGUUUUUCAACGCGUACACGAACGGGAUUUGAGCGUCGCAAAGGGGAUUAUAACCUCAAAAUGUCAGCAGCCAUGGAUGUGACGAGAAACUCGGAGGCGAGUGGGCGGUUUGCAGACAAACAUGACUGCCAACAAGAGUUCGAAGGCUGCGCCUCGUGGAGGAGGGGGUAAAGCUCCCCGGGACGUCCCUGACAGGUGCCAGUCUACAUCGCCGUGUCCUGUUCUUGCUGCCGGUCAGGGGCAGAGUCAGCAGCCUGUCCUCAGUGACGGUGAGAACUCUGGGAAGCAGAGCAGGUACGUCAGGACUGACGGCAGGUUCCUGGUACGUGCUGGCUGGAACAGCAAGAGUCUGUGCAGCGGUGACGCAGACUUCCAAGGCCGUCUCACUAAGUCAAAGAGCAUCAGCUGCCUGGACAACAGGCUCUCCAUCUAUAAACCCCCGAGUCAAACCAAGUCCUGCCAGGAAAGCCAGGACAAGAAGGAGAAACAAGGAGAUCUCUCUUCAGGAGAUGGACUUAAUGUUCGGCCCCUGAGUUGGAGCACGCUGUCAUUGGGACCUUCGUCCAACCAAAGUCACAAGCGCACCCUCUCUCUCACCCGCUCAGUAGCAGGUGUUCCCCCCACCACAAUCCGCAAAAAGAUCUCAGAAUGGGAGUGCAGGAGGGUGGCUCUGCCUAGGAUGAGCUUGUGUCUGGAUAAAAGAGGAGGAGAGCGCGUAGGGGGCAGUGAGGGCUGCCCCAGCCUGCUCUCUUCUCCCUGCAGUGAGAAAACGUUUGACUUUAAGGGGGUACGCAGGAUGAGCACAGCUUUCUCAGAGUGCUCCUACACAGAGGAAGAGGAAGGAGUUUCAGACAAAGACGGCAUAGGUCGCUUCCAGAAAAGGAUAGGCAAGACAGAGUCCUCUGGAACAUUCGUACGUUCCCUGUCUGCUCGAAAAGAGACGUCAGCAGUUCUCAACAGGAUACAAAAGAUUGAGCAGGCCCUUAAGGAGAAUCCCAGCCCAUCCCCUCCACGUUAUUUGAGUAAUUGCUAUGCUCCUGACAAGACGAGACAAAAGUCUCUUGUGAUAGGUGAUGACCUGGACAGUACAUGCACCAGUAAGCGCAGCAGCAUUUGCUCCGUGGCCACAGAACCAGAUGCUGUUUUGGUGUCUGAUAAGCUGUCUAAACUCAGACAAAGGUUCAGUGUGAGCUCAGCCAGGUCUGAGAGCCCAGAGCCACCAAGCCAACAGACCUCUGUCAGCACACCGGUCAAUCCCUUACCCAAACCCAAACGCACUUUUGAGUACGAUGCCAAACGGGACCAGAGGGGUGUGUCGCCAGCCAAUGGACUACCUCCAGACAGAGCCUCUGAGUCUCCCCCGCCUCUGCCCUCCACCCCUGCACCCAGCAUGACACGAACGGUAAAGAUGGAGGGGAGCAGCACACUGAGACCCCAGGACAGGGAGUCAUGUGAGUCGGAGGAUGCUAAGAGUCUGCCAUCUUCAUAUCCGUCCUCACCUACAGAGAAUGGCACACUAACUACAAACACACAGAGUCGACCUACUUCCAAAAGCACUUUAGAGGAGAAUGCCUAUGAGGACAUAGUAGAGAAGGAGAAUCCAUACGAGGAUGUUGACCUGAAGAGGAAGAGUUUGGGUCGGAAGUCGUGUCUGUUGGAGAGCAACAGAUCGUGGACCACCAUGGACAGGAAGCUGAACUCUCCACCUCAGUUGCCUUCCAAACCUAGUAGCCAGUCCCUUCGCCUCCCUGGUCCAAGUGACAGGAAGAGCCACCGGAUGUCACAGUUGUCCAAACGCUACAGCCACGAUGAAAUGCUGCUGCUCCAGCGGGGUGUAUCAACAUCAUCUUGCGGCCUGCUGGAUGAUAGCCUCAGUAGCACCAGUGAAACCCUGGCCUCACACAGGCACUGGAGGAUCCCCAAGCUGGUCCAGAGGAUCAACUCCAUUUACUGCACUAAACGUGGGAAGAAGAGGCUGAAGAAGCUGUCCAUGUCCAAUGUUGAGACUGCAUCUCUGAGGGAUGACAACAGUGAGAGUGAGAGUGACUCUGAUGACAGGUUCAAAGCUCACACCCAGAGGUUAUUGAAACUGCAGUCCAUCCUGCGACGGGCCCCCAGCUACCGCACGCUGGAGCUGCAGCUCAUUGAGUGGCAGGAGAGAGAACUCUUUGAGUAUUUUGUGGUUGUUUCUCUGAAAAAGAAACCCAGCAAAAACUCCUAUUCCCCAGAGGUCACCUACCAGUUCCCCAAGCUAGAGAGGCCCACCAAGCAGAUGAGGGAGGCGGAGCAGAGACUCAAAGCCAUUCCUCAGUUCUGUUUCCCAGAUGCAAAAGACUGGAGUCCUGUGUCUGAGUACGCCAGUGAAACCUUCUCCUUCAUGUUGACUGGAGAGGACGGCAGCAGGAGGUUUGGAUACUGCAGGCGCCUGCUGCCAACUGGGAAAGGACCUCGCCUUCCAGAGGUGUACUGUGUCAUCAGCAGACUGGGCUGUUUUGACCUAUUCUCCACGAUCCUGGAUGAGGUGGAGCGGCGGCGAGGUGUCUCGGCAGCCCUGGUCUACCCCUUCAUGAGGAGUCUGAUGGAGUCGCCCUUCCCUGCACCAGGGAAGAUUAUUAAAGUGAAGACCUUUCUGCCCGGUGCAGGAAAUGAGGUCAUCGAGCUGAGGCGGCCCACUGACUCCAGACUGGAGCACGUGGACUUUGACAGUCUGUUCAGUUGCCUCAGUGUACGUCAGGUGAUACGAGUCUUUGCUUCGCUGCUGCUGGAGCGUCGAGUCAUCUUUGUGGCUGAUAAACUCAGUACCCUGUCCAGCUGCAUGCAUGCAGUUGUGGCGCUGCUCUACCCCUUCUCCUGGCAGCACACCUUCAUCCCCGUGCUGCCAGGGUCCAUGUUGGAUAUUGUCUGCUGUCCCACUCCCUUCUUAGUGGGGCUGCUGUCCAGCUCUCUGCCGAAGCUCAAGGAGUUGCCAGUGGAAGAGGCUUUAAUGGUCGACCUGGGAACUGACAGAUUCAUCCGACAGAUGGACGACGAGGCCUCGCUGUUGCCGCGGAAACUUCAGGCAGCUCUUGAGCAAGCGCUGGAGCAGAGGAAUGACAUCAUCAAUCAGGACUCUGACAGCGAGUCAGACGAAGAGUAUAACUCCUUGAACAGCCUGGUGUCAGAGGCCUUCAUCCGCUUCUUCCUGGAGACCAUUGGCCAUUAUUCCCUCUUUAUCACUCAGCAUGAUCGUGGGGACCGCAUUUUCCAAAGAGAGGCCUUCCGCAAGUCUGUGGCGUCUAAAAGCAUCCGGCGUUUCCUGGGUGUCUUUAUGGAGUCUCAGAUGUUUGCAGGGUUCAUUCAGGAUCGGGAGCUGAGGAAGAGCCGAGCUAAAGGUCUCUUUGAACAGAGGGUGGAUCAGUAUCUGGAGGAGCUGCCAGACACGGAGCAGAGUGGAGUCAACAAGUUUCUGAAAGGCCUUGGUGAGUCCUGCAGCAGAUACACAAGGCUAGACUCAGAUAACAGAGGCAGCUUUAAAAUCAGGCUGCUCAAAUAUUUCCUCCACAACUUUAUUGAAAACUCUCAUACUACAAGAUUAGAUCACACACAGCUCAUUGGUAAUACUGUUGUCUUGCCAGAGGGAGCUACACACCAACUUUUCCAACUUUCAGUAGCUGUAACUGUUUGCUCUGUCGAGAGUUUAACUCUUCGUCAGUAUCUAACAAUUUGUGAUCAUCACAGAAAUACUUAUAAUAGUUUAUAAUAAGGUCAAAAAUGUGUUUUGCUCAUUGUUACUUCACUUGGAUCUUUGAGCAUCACAGUGUAGAAUGAUGUAUGUGCUGAUUUUGACACUAGAAAUCUGUUUUCACAUUUGUUUGCUGAAGUUUCUCUAUGCUCAUGAAAUUUCAGUUUAAUUAUAUACUAUACAGGAUUUUCCUUGAACAAAAAAAGAAAACAAUAUAUAGACUCAUACAGAAGUACUCACUCUCAGUUAUCACCUAUGGCACACUAGAAAGUCUUAAAAUGUCUUAUAUUCAAUGUUAGAAAUAUCAGGCCUUAAAAGUCAUAAAAUAGUCUUAAAUCUGAAUUUGUGAGUCUUAAUUACCACAAAUAUUUUAUCUACCAACAAUUUCAUGUCUCCAUCAUUUACUUUCUUUUUGCCAAAACGAGUCAGGCUCCUCUGCGAGAAAGUUUACUUUUCUAAUGUUACAAAUCUUAAAACUGAAAGACUGAACCUUAUACUGUUGUUUUUACUUUUUUACAUUUGUUUUUACAUUUUCUUACUUGUUUUGAACAUAUAGAUGAACCUAAAUAACUCUAAUAACCAUAUUCCUAUAUGAAGCCUACCUUUUCAAAGGACCACAUAAUCUACUUACCUUUAACCCUACUUCACCUGCAAUGCUUGAAUAAGCAAAAAGAAUAAAAUUUGUGUCAAAUUUGGUUUUAAAUGAUCUUGAAAAGUUCUCAAAAAGCCUUAACUUUAAAGAUCUGAUACCUUCAGGCACCCUGGUAUUUUUCUGCAGAGAUUCAGCCUGUAUUUUCUGUGUUAUGGACGUUCAUGGGCGUGUACCCCCACAGUGCUCAGGUGAGUUCUGGGUUUUAUAAAAAGGCAGGGAUCAGGUGCCAGACUGCAAACAGCAGGCAUCCAAGUGACACGUCACAGAAAAACGCAAAUAUAGUGACGUGAAACACCAAACAAGAGCAAGUGGGUACAGCUGUGGCUGGAGCAACUGUGUGACACAACAACCAGCUACUUGACUCACCCACCAUACCUGCAUGAUCAGCCCCCACCUUUUGGCCCAGAAGUUAGCAUUUAGCUAGCUCUGAAGUGUCAGGUUAAAAGAGAGGAGGUUAAGGUAAGGAUUGGAGAUAAGGUAAGGGUUACACCUUGUUAUUUUUAAGGUGACUCAUCUCUUUAUGUAGUAUGAAUAAAGUAAAUAAAUGAACUGAAUUAUUGCUAUGUUUGGCUUCGUAUCUAUUCACUACGAUGUCCCGUUUAAGCAGGGUUCAAAUGAGUGUUGCACUGGUGGAUUUGUGCCGUACUGGUGGUGGGCGCAGGCUGUGGGGGCGUGCUGUGCAGGCUUCAAACAGAAGGAGAGAAUCUAGGGUUGAUUUUUAUUAGGGAUGCAAGAUUUUAUAUUUUAUGCCAACAUCCAUUGAUAACGUGAUAUUAUCGUGCAUCCCUACUGCUUAGUGUACCUGUAAUGCUACAUUUUGUAUAUUAAUCUGGAGUAUUAUUUGUCAUUAAAAAUGUCUGGAGGAGAUAUUUAAAGAUUUUAUCAGAAAGCCACACUUUUUAGCGGAUAUUUAGAUUUCUACACACAGUACAGUCGGCUGAAUCGGCGUUAAAUCACACUGAACCUGACAUUAUCUUCGCUUGAUUUAAUUCCUAUAUAUUGUAUAAUAACCUGCAUUGACUUUACACUCUCAUACGUAGUGCAUUGACAUGAUUUAAUAGGUUUGUUUUGACUUUUUUCAGGAAGUAAAAUGAAGUUUCUCCACAAAAAGAACUGAGGGGAAAUCAUCUUCCUGUUUUCAGUCACACAAGAUACUGAAAACCUGACGUCUCAAGUCUGUGCAUCAUGAUAAUUCUCACCUUUUUAUAAAAAAUGUUUUGUCAAGGUUUUGUAUGUAAACAUGUACAUAUUAUUUCACUGUAAGCUGGCUGCGAUACUCUUCAGUGUAUGUUUAUAGUACCUUAUGAGAUAGCGAUAGCAGGACGGUACACAGCAAGUGAGCCGCAGAGUAACCACUGAUGUCCAGGUGUGCUUGGGGAGAGUGUUAUCAGAGUGUGUGAGCGUGUGUGACCUGACAUGGGCAGAGAUGUACAGUUCAUAUGUUUUCAUUUUGCAUUAUUUCACUAUAGUGUUGUCCUCUGUUUAAGGAGUGUAAAACCUAUUCGAAAACUGUACAUGCAUCAAGACAAUGAAGAAAAUGAUUGUAACUCUUCAUAGAGUCUUUUACAGUCUUUUAUUAAAAAAUGUAGUUAAAAUGCUAAA